GGGAUUAUGAAAUAACCCCAGAAUCGCGUUCCUGUAUAAAAGCACCUCGCAGGAAUCCAGCUGCACCACUACAGAUACACUUCAGAUCAAGCUCAAGCUCAGAAGCAGCAUGCUCAGGCUCUGCAUAGCUCUCUGUGUCCUGGCGACAAGCUGGGCACAGGACUGUCUGGUGAGCAACAUCACCGUCAAACAGGACUUUGACAGGAUGAGGUAUCAAGGAACAUGGUAUGCCGUGGCCAAGAAAGACCCUGUUGGUCUUUUCCUUCUUGAUAAUAUUGUCUCCAAUUUCAAAGUGGAGGAGGAUGGAACCAUGACAGCCACCGCCACUGGUAGAGUCAUCAUUCUCAACAAUUGGGAGAUGUGCGCCAACAUGUUUGGCACUUUUGAAGAUACCGAAGACCCCGCUAAGUUCAAGAUGAAAUACUGGGGAGCCGCAGCAUAUCUCCAGACUGGAUAUGAUGACCACUGGAUCAUUGACACUGACUAUGAUAACUACGCCAUCCACUACUCCUGCAGAGAGCUUGAUGUGGACGGAACCUGCUUGGAUGGUUAUUCCUUCAUCUUCUCCCGAUAUCCUGACGGCCUCAGGCCUGACGACCAGAGGAAUGUGACUGAGAAGAAACAGGAUAUCUGCUUCCUGGGCAAAUACAGACGUGUUGCACACACAGGUUUCUGUGACACUGCCUAAAUGACCACUACA